AUGGACUAUCAAUCAAUCAUCUCCACAAUUGAGUACCCUAAAUGGGACCAUUCUAUUGAAGAUAUAAAAUCAAUCGGUGAACAGUUGAUCAAAGAAGAAACUCAAUUCCAUGACUAUGUAGCUACCAUCGAGAAUCCUACUAUGGAAAAUUUAUGGGAACCCUAUAUAGACCAUAUUCAAAAGAAUCAUGCACUUGAGAAUCAAAUAGAUUUCUAUAAAAAUGUCAGUACCGAUAAAGCCAUAAGAGAUGCAUCUAGUGAAAUCAGUGAAAAGAUGGAAAACAAUUCAAUUGAACAAGGUUUAAGAGUUGAUGUCUAUAACAAGUUUAAACAAUUCUAUGAAUCAGUUGAUCUCAAUAGUUUAGAUCAUGAAACGAAAAGACAUAUUGAGAAGACUAUGUUAGAUUACAAAAGAAAUGGUCUUGAUUUACCUGAUACUGAAAGGGAACAUUUCAAACAAUUACAAUUGAAGUUAUCGGAAUUAAGAAAGAAAUUUGAUAAGAAUUUAGGUGAACAAACUGAACAUUUAUUAUUCACUAAAGAAGAAUUAGAUGGUGUUCCUGAAGAUACAACUGAUACUUUCGAAAAAGUUGGGGAUAAACUUAAGAUGACUUAUAAGUAUCCUGAUCUUUUCCCUGUGUUAAGACAUGCUCAUAAUCAAGAUACUAGAAAACAAGCAUACCUUGGUAAUCAAUCUAAAUGUAAAGAAAAUGCUGAUAUUUUGAAACAAAUGAUUAGGAUAAGAUAUGAUAUUGCUAAAGCUUUAGGUUAUAAGACUUAUUCCCAAUAUGUUCUUGAAGAAAGAUUAGCUAAAAAUCAAGAGAAUGUUUUAAAUUUUUUGAAUGAUUUGAGAGACAAAUUCACUCCUAUGGCUAAGGAUGAACUUACUAGUUUAAUGAAAUUGAAAAAUGAAGAUUUAAAACUGAAAGGCUUUCCUGAACAAGAUGUUUUCUAUCAAUGGGAUAAUGCCUACUAUAGUAACAUUCUCUUAGAAAAUGAAUAUCAAGUUGAUCAUAACAAAAUCAAAGAAUAUUUCCCAUUAGAUUCUACUAUCAGUAAAAUGUUAGGGUUCUACGAAACCUUAUUUGAUUUGAAGUUCUAUAAAAUCACUGAUUUGAAAUCUGAUGAAACCUGGCAUGAUGAUGUUAAGAAAUUUGCUGUUUUCCAAGAUAUUCAAUCCGGAACCCCAAAGUUUAUGGGAUUUAUCUUCUUUGAUUUACAUCCAAGGGAUGGAAAAUACGGUCAUGCUGCUAGUUUCGGUUUAGGACCAGGGUACUUCGAUAAAAAUGGUAAAAGAUCUACUCCAUUCAACGUUUUAGUUUGUAAUUUCUCUAAGCCUACUGGUGAUAAACCAGCAUUGUUAAAACAUAGCGAAGUUCAAACAUUCUUCCAUGAAUUGGGCCAUGGAGUUCAUAGUAUUCUUUCUGAAACCAGAUAUGCCAAAUUCCAUGGUACAAGAGUUCCUAGAGACUUUGUUGAAGCUCCAUCCCAAAUGUUAGAAUUCUGGAUUUGGAGUAAAAAUGAAUUGAAAUCUUUAUCCAAACAUUAUCUUACAGGAGAACCUAUUAAUGAUGAAUUGAUCGACCAAUUGAUCAAAUCAAAAAAUGUUAAUAAUGGAUUGGGUGUUGUAAGACAAUUACAUUUUGGAUUAUUCGAUAUGAAAGUUCAUACUAUUGAUAAUGAAGAUGAUUUAAAUAUGGAUCUUGAUGAAGUAUGGAAUAACAUGAGGAGUGAAAUCACUUUAAAUUCAACUGGAGAUUCUAAAACUUCAGGUUAUGCAUCCUUUGGACAUAUAGCUCAUGGUUAUCAAUCAGGCUACUAUGGAUACCUUUAUUCCAAGGUUUUUGCUACUGAUAUGUUCUAUACAUUGUUCAAAGAAGAUCCAAUGAACGUUACCAAUGGAUUAAGAUAUAGAGAUAUAAUUCUUAAAAGAGGUAAUUCUAAAGAUAUGAUGGAUAACUUGAUUGAAUUAUUAGGAAGAGAACCAAAUACUGAUAAUUUCAUGAAAGAUUUGUUGGAAUAG